UUUAGCCAUGGAAGAGCUGACGGCGUUCGUCUCCAAAUCCUUCGAGCAGAAAAACAAGGAUAAGAAAGAGGCGAUCACGUAUCGGGAAGUUUUGGAGAGUGGGUUAGCUCGAAGCAGGGAACUGAGUGGCUCGGAUUCUAGUUGCCAGGACAUCACUGACACCAGCCAUUGCCCGACACACAUUUACAAGGAUGUAGAGAACGAGAAUGAGAAAGUGAAAGAAUUAAAUUCGGCCAGAACUUCUGAAGGUAUUUAUGAAUGCAAAGAGAAGCGGGAGGAUGUGAAAUCAGAGGACGAGGACGGCCAGACAAAGUUAAAGCAGAGAAGGAGUAGGACGAACUUCACACUGGAACAGUUGAACGAAUUGGAGAGGCUGUUCGAUGAGACUCACUAUCCAGACGCGUUCAUGAGAGAGGAACUGAGUCAGAGGCUAGGCCUGUCUGAAGCUAGGGUCCAGGUUUGGUUUCAAAACAGACGAGCCAAGUGUCGAAAACAAGAAAAUCAAAUGCAUAAAGGAGUAAUAUUAGGAACAGGAAGCCAUUUAGACGCCUGUCGCGUUGCCCCGUAUGUAAACAUGGGAGCACUACGGAUGCCUUUCCAACAGGUGUUGUAUUUUAACUGUAUCCUAUGUGCAUUGCCCCCGUUUCCCUCUCUUUUGCUCCAGGUUCAGGCGCAGUUGCAGCUGGACGGGGUGGCGCACGCGCACUCGCACCUCCACCACCACCUGGCGGCGCAUGCGCCCUACCUGAUGUUCCCGCCGCCGCCCUUCGGCUUGCAGAUCGCCUCGAUCGCCGAGUCGGCCUCGGCCGCCGCCGCCGCCGCCGCCGCCGCCGCCGUCAAGACCAGCAGCAAGAACUCGAGCAUCGCCGACCUGAGGCUCAAGGCCCGGAAGCACGCCGAGGCCCUGGGCCUCUGA